UGUGAUUGUAUGUAGCCAUCUUAGAGCUCUCCCUCUCUCCACGGCCUACCUAACUUAGGCGUUUCUCUCUUCACAUCGGCAGUGUAAAGUUCACCGUGUAGGAUUAAAGACCUUGUCAUCAGCAGCAAAGCGAGUCAGAAACCUGUGACACUGAAGUGAAGAGUCUAUUAUAGGAGAGAAAUUUCCUCUGAUGGCAUCCAGACUAUUGGAGAGAAAAAACGUGAUGUGCUGUUAGUGAUGCAGAGAACAACAUGGAUAGACAAUAACAAAUCAUCAUUCUAGGGGUGCAGUGCUGGUUCGUUAUGACAAGUGGCUGUGUGGAAGAUGUCCACCCUUUCUACGACUGAUAUCACUGAUGUUGGUCAUGACCCAGCCCUAAAAGAAAUGUGUGUUGUCGGCAUGUAUACAGGGGACUCACUGUGCUGUGCCAGUGAAGAGGGCCCUUCAGCACUGACAGCAGAAGUGAAACAGGAGACUCUCAGUCAAACGGCCCCAUACAGCACCUCACACAAUGAGCUCAUGGAGCCCAGCGACAUCAAGAUGUACCCCUCAGACGACACCCCUCCACCAGGGGGUCAGCCAGCGAAGAGAAAGAAGGGCCCUGCUCCCAAGAUGUUGGGGAAUGAGGUGUGUAGCGUAUGUGGAGACAAAGCAUCUGGCUUUCAUUAUAAUGUGCUGAGCUGUGAGGGCUGUAAAGGUUUCUUCAGACGCAGCGUGAUCAAAGGAGCUCAGUACAACUGCAAGAACUCCGGCCGUUGCGAGAUGGACAUGUACAUGCGCCGCAAGUGUCAGCAGUGCCGUCUGCGCAAGUGCAGGGAGGCGGGCAUGCUGGAGCAAUGUGUGCUGUCAGAAGAGCAGAUCCGACUGAAGAAGAUGAAAAAACAGGAAGAAGAGACGGCACGUACCUCUACAGUGGCAACACCCAGCCCUGCCCCUGAGAUGCCACCUCUGGCUCCUGAACAGCAGGAGAUGAUCGAAAAGCUGGUGUCCAUGCAGAAGCAGUGCAACAAACGCUCUUUUCUUGAUCGGCCCAAAGUCACUCCAUGGCCACAGAAUCAAGACCCAUUAAACCGAGAGGUUCGACAACAGCGGUUUGCUCAUUUCACUGAGCUGGCCAUCAUGUCUGUGCAGGAGAUUGUAGACUUUGCUAAACAGCUGCCUGGCUUCCUGGAGCUCACCCGAGAGGACCAGAUCGCCUUGCUGAAGACCUCAACUAUUGAGAUCAUGCUGCUAGAGACUUCCAGACGUUAUAACCCAGCAAUAGACAGCAUCACCUUCCUCAAAGACUUCAGCUACAAUAAAGAGGAUUUCGCCAAAGCAGGGCUGCAGGUUGAGUUCAUCAACCCCAUCUUUGAGUUUUCAAAAGGCAUGAAUGACCUCCACCUGGAUGAGGCAGAGUACGCUUUGCUCAUCGCUAUCAACAUUUUCUCAGCAGACCGACCGAACGUGCAGGAUCAUGAGUUAGUGGAAAGACUACAGCAGCCAUAUGUGGACGCCCUGCACUCCUACAUCAGAAUAAAACGACCCAAUGAUCAUCUGAUGUUUCCCCGAAUGCUGAUGAAGCUGGUCAGCCUCCGCACACUGAGCAGCGUCCACUCAGAGCAAGUCUUUGCUCUGCGCCUCCAAGACAAGAAACUCCCGCCUCUACUUUCUGAAAUUUGGGACGUGCAUGAGUGAGCCAGACCUCCCCCUUCAGGACAGAAUGAGCUAUUGUCAGGGAAACCUGGGUGGGCAAGAGUCGUCUACAGACCGAACACAUGGUCCUUAAGGGCUGAAAUGUCUCCCAGAGUCACGAGGAGCCUGGUUUUAUCAUUCUCUUCCUUGACUUCUAUAUUUUGGACCCAGUGGUCAGUGAGCUGCUUCCUUUGAAUGUGCUUUUGAUAGACUGUAUGGCCAGAAGUAGCUCAGGGACCGAUCAAAACAGGUAGUCGGA